AUGCCAAAGUCUUCAUCGGGGUUGGGGUUUGAUGAGAUGUUGACGAAGUUCACGUCGGCACGGGAUAACUUCAUCUUGAAGCUCGAGACGCCGGGGACUCAGCAACCUGUGGUCUCUGUUCCGGCCGUCUCGGAGACGUUGAGCGUACCGCAAGCUACGCCGAAAGCAUCGAAGCAUAUAUCGCGGGCGAGGAUUGAGGAUGAGGAUGAAGAUGACCCGAUAGCUGCGCUGUCAUCAGCGCCUCUAACAAGAAAUUCGACUAGGUCGCAUAGCCGGAGUCCGUUUUCGCCAGGAAGUUUCUCCGGGAGUUUUUCGGAUCUGGUGAGAGGGCCGUCAUUCUCAAGAAGACGGACAAUGAAACGGCAAGGGUCACAGCGGACGUUACAGAGGUCAUCGACAGUAAUCUACAACGACUUCAUUCUCGAACCAGAUCCGCUAGUCCUUCCGCCUGGUACGCACCCGAUGAAACAAAAGUUUCCGCCAAGACUGCUAUCGAGGUGGCCAUUACCAGAAAUGCAGGCUGAGACGGCCGCGCGAGGUGGGUUUCCGGAUUAUGUCCCUAUGUUCGCAUUCCCCAACGAUUGUCGCAUUCAACUCGCGGACGAGAGACCGCAAUCCACUUGGCAUGGAUUCGUGAUGACGAAGGGUACGGGAGAGAACAUUCAUGGAAUGUGUGUCGUGAUCUGGGUUCCCUUGAGUCCGGAGACUGCCGCAGUUGUCGAUGAGCAAUGUGAGAAAUGGAGCGAACGUCACAUGACCUUGGAAGAACGAGAGUUGGCUGCGAGUUUGAGUUCGAGGUUGGCGGCUGAGAGGACGAAGUUGAGUCAUCUUCUCACCGGGUUGGCAAAAUCAGUUCCGGGUCCGGAUCGUGAGGCUUUCGAGGAGAGAAUCACGCAGUGCGAGGAGAAGAUUGGAUUGUUAACGGAGACCCUGAAACCUAUUCGACAUGGAACUGCGGCGAAAGUUGAAGGACUUACGGAGAUGGGAACUGGGAUGUGGGUACCGCGUGCGUAUGGACUCCUAUCACGUGAUGGCAGCUUCCAGACACUGAGGAGGGAUUGGCUAAAGGCGAUCUGUACGCCUAUGCUGACGGGUGAGAUCAUCGGUGUCCCGCCUUCGAGUCCGAGGGUAGGGGUGUUCCUUCCUCUUGAGAGGUAUGCUGUGAAUAUGUGCGGUGAUAUCCCUUUGCCGACAAGGAGGGAUAUACAACUGGAGCUUGCAGUGAGAGAGUUGCGGUUGUAUGCAAUGCGGGAAGCACCGAAUGAGCUGCCAGGGUGGAGAGAUGUGGAUCUGUAUCCCCUGUUCAGGGCAUUGGGUUUGAGUAAUGUUAUCGUGUUGGUUGAGGCCGCGUUAAGUGAAGCCAGGAUCAUCUUUCGUUCGGCGCAUGUCUCGAUGUUGCAUCUGGCUGCAAAGGCAUUGACGCACCUCAUUUGGCCUUUGAAAUGGACGGGGGUGUAUAUCCCAAUCUUGCCGGCUCGUCUGGCGUCGUGCCUCGAGGCUCCGGUGAGCUACAUCAUCGGUAUCGAGAAGAGGUUUGAAAACCUUACGUUGCCUGAGGAGGACUUUGUCCUCUGUGAUCUUGACAAUGAUCUCAUCAUCGCCCCGGUACAACCUCCGACGCUGCCGGCACCGCAGAGGCGGAAGUUGGCGCAUUUGUUGAGUUUGGCGGCGCCGUUGCACUUGAGGUAUGGUGUGCAGAAGGGUCCACCGCCGUAUGCGGUAUCGACGUUUCCCAACAAGAGCUUCGUUGCGAGCGCGGAGGUUGCGACGAAUGUUAGGAGGCCCAGUACGCUGAGCAAACUCCUGCUACGGAAUUCCACGGCGUUUGGAGAGCGAAAUGUGGAGUAUAAGUCCCAGGAGCCGGUGUUCAAUGCAUUUUUACAGAGCUGCGAUGAGAAGGUCGUCAACUACAAUCAGAGACCGACAACACCGUUCUCGAGAAGAUUACCGAGUUUCGCAUCCAGUACUACUAACAGUCCGACGAGGCAUGGAAGUCAGGCCAGCAUCACUCCGACGAUCUCCCGUGAGAAUUCACAGGCUAGAAGAGCGAGCACAUUGGGACUCGAGGGACGUAUCGAACGGAACCGGAGUACUUCUAUCGAUACGCGGUUCUCGAUGGUGCUCAGACCAGGUGCUAUCUCCGUUUCGAGUAACUACAACGACAAUGCUUCAACGUACGGGUACAGUCCAUCACUCUCAGGACAAAGCACCUUCGCCGGCUCGAGUGUCUUCAACUUGGACGUUCUUAGCCAGCCUAUCCGACCACCUACGGCAGGUGAAGAUAUGUGGUGGUGCGAAGGCCACUGCAUGCUGUGGAAGGAAGACAUGAACACUGUACCUACGGAUUGCACGGUAUGUGGGGAGAGGAGUGAGGUGUAUAUGUACGUUUGCCGUGAAUGUGGGAUGAUGGUUCAUCAUCGUUGUAGGGAUGCGGUGACUUUGCCGUGUUUACCGGUGUGUUUUGAUGCGGAUAAGGUCCGUGCGGCGUUUUUGAGGCUGUUUGCGAGCUUGCUGUAUACACAUCGGAGGUUCUUGGUGUCUGUCAGCAGAGGCAAGAGGAUCAGCUCUGAUGGAGCACUGUUUACGUUUGAUCAGGAAGGGUUCGUGAGAAGUGUCCCCAAAGAUCACGGAAGCUAUCUCAACAUGCUACUCGAGACACAGGCUUUCAGUGAGUUCAUCCACGAGCGGUGUCAUAAGAUGCCGGAUGAUCCGGAGGUGAUGUUGUUUGAGCAGGUUGUCAUGACGAAGAAGAAUAGGGGGCGGACGGGGCUUAAGUUGGGAUUCAUUUCUGAAUGGGAGGGGUGGGAGUGCACAGGUUCAGACGAGGCGGGCACCGGUACCGCAAGGAGAUGGAUGGGAUCGGACCGAGGCUCAGGCGGGACGGACGCCGGACAAGUUGGAGAAGGGGUUGAUGGUGCCCGGAUUACUGGAUCAGACGCGGCCGAAGAGGCGGCCCGUGAACGGCACGUCACCGUGAAGAAUAGAUGA